UGGGCACCGCGGAACCGAGGCGGCUGGUGGAGCGGCAGCUCGGAUCUCUGCCCCCGCCACCGCCCGGGCAGUGCGAGGCCGGGGACUGCGCACAGCCGGAGCGCGGUUCCCCAAGAAGGCUCCCUGUCUCCUGCAUCCCAACUUUGUGACCACACUCAGGCUUUUUUAAAUUGAAUUGUCCUGGGUCAUCUCUCCAAGCGCCAGCUGCAUCUUUGAUUCCUGGGUCACCCACUGAAGGUCCCACCUUCUCUGAGCCACGGACUCUGAUUGUCCUACCACUCCAACCCUGUCUGGUUUAGAUGUCCCUUAUCUGCAUUCCCAAAACACAAGAUUGUUUUCGUAUUUCAGCAAUUGGGUGCAACUUCCAAGCUGCAAAAGAGUGACUUCAAGGCUUGUAGUUGACACCACUUUUCUGUGUUCAGGCAGAUUGACAGAAAACUGCUCUCCAUACUUUCCAUUCAUCUGCUGAGAUGCAACCACGUAACCUCCUGAAGCAUUUGUUGUCUGGCUAAGAAGAAGGAGAGAACUCUCACCACAGCAUUUCACAGCAAGCACAUUGCCAGAGCUUUGAAUACUUAUUUGGACAAGCAUUUCUCCAAGUGAGGAAAAUGAAGGCCUAGAUGGUGGAGAGGACUUUCCCAGAGCAAGGCGUUGAGUGGAGCCCCAGGAGGACACAGCCCUCUGCCCCCAUGUUACCACCUCUGAAGGGCUGACGACUCCAUCAGCUGGUGCCUCUUCCAACCGCCACCAUGGGGCCCUCCGGGAACAUGCUGGGCAGUGGACAAAUGCACAUUGUCCUAUGGGGGAGUUUGGCAGCUGUGGCCACUUUUCUCCUCAUCACCUUCCUCAUCUUCCUGUGUUCCAGUUGUGACAGAGAAAAGAAGCCAAAACAGCACAGCGGGGAUCACGAGAGCCUGAUGAACGUGCCGUCAGACAAGGAGAUGUUCAGCCAUUCAGUUACCAGCCUGGCCACAGAUGCUCCUGCAAGCAGUGAACAGAAUGGGCUACUCACCAACGGUGACAUUCUUUCAGAAGACAGCACUGUGACCUGCAUGCAGCAUUACGAGGAAGUGCAGACCUCUGCCUCGGACCUGCUGGAUUCCCAGGACAGCACGGGGAAGCCCAAGUGUCACCAGAGCCGGGAGCUGCCCCGCAUUCCCCCCGACAGCGGGGCGGACACGCUGCUCGGUGCCGGAAGUGCAGACAGGGACCAGGCUCUGGGCAUGGAGGGGCCGUACGAGGUGCUCAAGGACACUUCCUCCCAGGAAAAUAUGGUGGAGGACUGCUUGUAUGAGACCGUGAAAGAAAUGAAGGAGGUGACGGCAGCUGCUCCGCCAGGGAAGGGCCACAGCGCCAAGUCCAAGUCCACUUCGGCGCUGAAAGAGCCGCCGGGGCCCCAGGCCCAGGGCACGGCGGACUUCGCCGAGUACGCCUCGGUGGACAGGAACAAGAAGGGCCGGCAGAGCGCCAACGUGGAGAGUGUGCCUGGGGACCCGCGUGAUCCGGAGGAGGAGGCCCCGCCGCCUGUGCCUGUCAAACUCCUGGAUGAGAACGAGAACCUUCAGGAGAAGGAGGAGAGCAAGGCAGGAGGAGACGGGCCCGCGGAGGGGGCCGGGGAACCCAACAAGAGAUUUAGUUCAUUGUCGUAUAAAUCCCGGGAAGAAGACCCAACUCUGACAGAAGAAGAGAUCUCAGCCAUGUAUUCAUCAGUAAAUAAACCUGGACAGUCAGGAAAUAAAUCGGGACAGUCUCUUAAAACAUCAGAGUCCACCUACACCUCCAUCCAAAGAGCUGCUCAGAGAUCCCCCUCUUCCUGCAAUGAUCUCUAUGCUACUGUUAAAGACUUUGAGAAAACUCCAAACAGUGUCAGCACACCUCCACCAGAACGGAGACCCAGUGAGGAGCUGGAGCCCGAUUAUGAAGCAAUUCAGACUCUAAACAGAGAAGAAGAAAAGGCCACCCUGGAAACCAAUGACCACCAUGGCCUUGCCCCAAAGGAGAACGACUACGAGAGCAUUGGGGACUUGCAGCAGUGCAGGGAUAUCACCAGGCUUUAGCACCAGAAGACAACCCCAGAGAGCACAUGGUCAGCGAUUUGGGGCAUUUCUUCUGUGGAAGAUAAAAAGCAAUGAUCAGCCAAUACUGUAUAUGCUGCUUGCAUAAACUGAAGCAAGUGGCCGUGCAGUGAUUGUUUCCCAGUUUCAGAAACAGUGAGGUACACUCCUGGCUGCCCCCAGCAUGCCCUGCCUGCCAUGGGCACUGGCACACCCAAGCACAUCUUCCUCAUGCACCCUCACCCUCUGGAAAGAUCCCAGCUGCCUGUGGUUUCAGCCCAUCAGUAGCGAAAGCCGAAAUAUAGGGAAGAACAGUGUUCACGAAGAACCACACCUUCACCUCCCUAUAAUACUGCCAAUCACAAGAGCCAGGUUUUUUUUCCUUUCUUCCCUUCUUGUGCUGUUGGCUACCAAUAUUCAAAUGUAUGGCUUUCUUCUCUGUGAAAUCUUCUGAUUCUUAAUGGCUCAUUCCAAGAAACUUUCCAAGGCUUGGCCUCUGCUUUCAGUGUAGGUGUUAUAAGAUGGUAAGAAAUUGUGGUUGCUGGAGAUCAUCAGCUCACCAAUCCUCUUCACAGAGCUGGGAAUCCAAACCCUGCAGGUGGAUAGGUCUUGGGACGCCCCUGGGGCUCUUAAGGCCUUCGCUCCUUCUGAUUUUGGCACUCCACAUCAGCAGCCUCUCCCAAAGUACUUGAAAUCAUGUUUAGAUGCUUUAUUUUAUUUUUCUAAUCAUAUAGUUUUUUCCCCCAGUAUUUGAAACUCUUCAGAGCCUUUUCAGUAUUUUCAAUGAAUAUUGUGGUACUUAUAUACUUGUUUUAGCCCAGAGCUCACUCCUCCAAAAUAGAGAGCCUUAAUCUCUAUGUUGAGACACAGACCACAUAUUUGGACUGCAGUCUGGCGUCCAUCUCUGAAGGGCUGUGGACUUGAAUGUGUAUUUCUGAUGAUCUCUGCUACCACACCAACAGUGUGGUUUCAUAAGUUAACUGCUACCCUAAGGUAAUCUAUCUAAAAUUAAAAUGCACACAUUUAUUUUUGUUAUAUAAAUUUAUAAGAUGUUUUAUGUUUAAUGCCUAAUUUCUAGAAAGUGCCAGAGAAAAAUGUAUAUCAACUAUUUUGGUUUUCUGUACAAUGAUUUAUACUCUCAUUUUGAAAAGAUACCAUAAAGCACAUCAAGCUAAUUAUAAAUAGUUGUUAUCUUUUUUCUAAUCAAGUGUUUAAAACAAUGAAGGUUUUUAAAGACUCAACUUUUCAAAUGGUACUUGGAGCUUCUGGUCAAAAUUAUCUGGCUCACUGGAGAAAUAAGUGGAAUCAACAAAAUGAUUAUUUUCAGUGGUUUGUGGUGGAUAAUACUAAAAUAAUUUGAAAUGGUAAACUGGAAAGAAUAACAGUCUAUGAGUAGGGAGGACUGUGACUUAUUAGCCUCAUGAAGGUAUUUUAUAAUUCCACUAUGGUUGAGUUACAUUUUUAAGAAAACAAUGAAGAGUUCUGCAGUCCAGCGCUUGCAAAUGCAAAUCGCCUAUUGGGAUUUUUUUUUUCCUUCAUUUUAUAAAAAGCAGCGGCUGAAAUAACUCAGAUUAAGAAAUCAGCCUGGUUUGAAUUUAAUCAUCUCUUUACAUUUUAUAAGGCCAACAUUGGAAAAGUUGUUCACUUUCUGAUUUAAAAGGAACCUGGUUGAAAUGCUCUUAUACCAUGUGGCUACCGAAAGGGAGUUUUUCCUACACUAUGAUAAAGGGGGAAAGCAGGCAAUUAUUCUAAACCACUGUGACAUCUGUGACUUUUCAGAUUGAAUAAUCUUAUGGUUAUGAUAAAGAACACAAUUGGAAGGAUGAAGCACCUUGAAAAUUCUAGGCACCAGCUCACUGGCAUGUUUUCUCCAUCCCUUGCGUUCACCGCUGGGUUUUGCCACUGCUCUGUAAUACAGUUUUGAUAUUGUAAAGUGCGCUGUUGGGGUAAACCGGUUGGUUGUCAUUAUUUGUGCAAUCAGCCUGGUCUCCCCAUGAAGACUUUGUGUGCCUAAGCACAACUGCCAUUGACUAGAAGAUAAUGGCAGAAUACCCUUGGAUUAGGGAGAGUUUACCAGGAAGGCACAAGCCUUGCUCUCUGAAUUCAUGCCCUUCAGAAGCACUGUUUUCCUGGUGAUUGAAUGAGUGUGACCCAACAGUCCCCAUGUAACGGGGUUCCUUUGGUACUAUGCAUGCUGCCGUGAUGUCCUUUAUCAGCCCUUGACCACACGAAAGUUUUAUUGUAUUUCAUGUCUUACUCAUUGCUGAGGAAGUGUGUAUGAUCUCUAAAGUGUAAAACUGUUUCUAGAGACAGAAACUCUUCAUAAACCAUCAUAUCAACUUGAAAUGUCAUUACCAGAAUUUCCCCUGUAAGUUUUCAAAGAAAGGCUAUGCAACGUAGGUAUAAUAUAUGCACUGAAAUGUCUCUCUUGACUGGCCAACCCAUGCUAAAACUAAGUUGCGAUAUAAAGUAUUGAAAGUGUACUUUAAAAGGAACUAUAAGGCCCUCCAGUACUAAUUCUAAAAGAAUAAGUGAUAACAGCCCAUGAGGGUUGGAGGGAGGAGCAGAGUCAGCUUGAGGAGACAGCUCUGCUCUUUAGACCUGUGAGUACCUCACUGAGGUACAUUUAUGGAGGUAGUUUCACUGUUUGGACCUUACAGUACUGUAUUUCAUAAAUGUCAUCAUCACUUUCAAUUCAUUUUUUGGAAAAUUUGAGGUAGAAUCUUUGACUUGGACAAUAGCCUAUGAUUUCUUUAGAAAAGUUUCAUGUUAAGCUAAGUGCUACGAAGUUGAAGUAUAUGAAAGGCAAUAUAAAAAAAGAAUUUACCGUGUCUUUUAAAUUCAACUUUGACAUCCAUAUUACCCAUUCAAUUAUAAUAACUUAUGUUAUGUGAAAUUAAAAAAAAAAAGAUAAAAAUUUUUAGAAAGUUUUUUUCUCAUUGAUCAGAAUUAUAAACUGAUCUUGCCUAAAAGUAGAGUCUCUGUUUUUAUUUAGAUAUUUUGAAAGUUUAGAAGAAUUUUUUUAUGAUGCUUUUACUCUUUCUCACAUAGAGUCAGCAGGAAAAUAUAACCUGUUUUCAUGUGAAAUAUUUGAAGAAAUUUUAAAUUCCAGAAGAAGGUAAUUUUUCCAAUAUGUUUGGCCACAUACAUUUUUUUCCUGUCCUGCACUAAAUUAUAUCAUUGUCUAUUAAAGAUUUUGAAGUCACUACUCUCCUUUAUGGGAAAAGACUAACUACUGAUUUAUCUGCCCUCAAAAUCCAAGAGUUAAUUCUAAUUGAUGCUAAAUUAAGAGUAUGUAGUGAACACUAAUAACUAAAAUUUAACCUCAGCAUAUCACUAUAUCUGUUUCUUGUAUUUGACUUUCAUUUUUCUAAUUAGAGCAUUUGCUUACUUUAUAGUAACAAAUUAUAUGUAUAUGAUAUAUACUGGAUAUAUCAUAUACACACACAUAUACAUAUAUACACAUGUAUAUAUAUAAAGUUGCUCUGGUGCUUAAUUAAUGAGGAUGCAUCCUACUUUGUAUUUUGAAUGUUUGUCCUACUAGUGUGAUGGCUGUUGUCGUAAAAGCAGCAUAGAAAAAACAAUUCUCCAAUAGUUUUCAAUCAGUAAUUACAGGAGAACCUUCUUAAAUUGCCCUGAUUAAAUUUUUCUAGUUAAUAAAUUCAGAUUUUAAAUCGUGUCCAUUAUUUUCUUAGCUAAAAAAUAGUGGAAGUUGGGGGCAGGGUUAAAAUAGUUUUAUUAUAUAUGUGACUCACUACAUAGUCAACGUCACAAGAGGAGACAAAAAUGGUGUCAUUCUCAGAUAGGUGAUUGAGAAGAGAUUCGGCUGAAGGGAACACGAGCUGCAGCACGGUGGCCCCCACCCCCCACCCCCAGGUGGUAGCCGCAGAGGCCCAUUGCCACAGGAUGGCAUUUCAAUUCCUUCUCUUCAGAAACCAUGAGGGCUUACCACAGACUCAACAGGCCACAUCACAGCAUGAUGUGCAAUGAUAGCAGCUAUGAGAUGAUGCCAUGGCCGUAAUCCCAGAGCUUCAGUUCAAGACUGAUUUAGGACUUUGUAAAUGAGUGAAUGACAUUUUUUUAGUGCUCCUUGUAAUAGUUGAUAUGUCCCAUGUGACCUAGUGAUGCGUAUCCAGCAGCCUAGCUCUGACCACUGAAAGCACGGGAGGUACCACUGGUCAUUUCCUGGAAAUCCUAACAGGCUUAUUGUGCUGUGUCACUGGGAAAGGUUAAUGUGUAAUGUUUGGUGUUAGUAAGUGUCAGUGUGAAAAAUAGGAACAUAUGUCUAUAAUAUCAAAUAUGGCUUCUUUUUGCAGUGAAAUCUAAAUUCCUUGUCCUGUGGUAGUAUUUUCUUGCUCUGUGUUGUCCCUUUUCUAAAUAUAUUAUUCUUGACAGUGGCAUUAGACAAAUUGGACACACUUAGAAAGUGUUUGACUUAAAAAGGUCAGUCCAGAAACCAUGAUAAAUUGGAGUCUUCAUCUGGAAUUACUGAAGUAAAUUUUUCUAAUUAGAAACCAUGGUUCCAAAGAGAACAAAUAUUCAUAAGUGGUUCUUUUUUUCCUACUGCUCAUUUUUAAGUCUGUUUAUAUCCAGGCUAUACUAUUAUAAAGUAUUUUAAUGUUUUCCCAAGUUCUUCUUUUAUUUAAAUAAGAAAUAGUAGUUGAGAUUCCUCUUAAUGCCAGAUGAGAUGAGAAAUACAAUUUUUGUUAAGAAGGCAAUUAUUUUUAUGCAUUCAAUUUGGUAAUGAUUUAUCUUAAUGCAGUUAGAUGAGAUUUCACUUGCCACUUAUAUACUAUGGGUAUUCAUUUUUCAAAUGUAUUGUACUCUAGUUGUCUCAGGUCACCUUGUGUAAUGGAUUAUAAAGCCUGGUAAUUGUCAUUCCUCAGACUUCUGUAUGUUAAACUGGCAACAGUAAAAUGUUUUAAUGUUGUUACCUUUUACUAUUGUAUUAAUAUGCCUCAUGUUUUCAGGGGAAGUUUGAAAUGUAGCUAAACAAAUAGUAAUUUUUAUUUCAUUGUUUAUACAUUUUUUUUCUCAUAACAAUAGUUUCUGUAUGGUCUGUUAGGUGAUCCCAAUCAGUUCAAAGUACUCCUUUUACUCAAAAAUGCUUCACAACACUUAGCAGCACCUUGAUUCACUGUCUCAAAAAGUCUUUGUAAUGGUCAAAUUGUUCAGUUCACAGAUGAGUAGGAAAGCUGUUUUCAGUAUUGGGAAUUUUUAAACAUCAGUUUUAGGUCCAAAAAUACCUCUUAUUCUCUCAACAUCUUAUAAUUUUUUCCCCUCCCUAACUCUAGUCCAUUUAAGGAUCAAGUCUAAAGAAUUAAUUAAUGAGGAUACAUCCUACUUUGUAUUUUAUAUCAUGAAGCCCCCCUUUCUUCCAGCCUCACUUUGACUCCUGCACAGAGGACUGUCUGUCACUUAUAUAGCAUGACCCCAGGGCCCCUUCCCCACCCCAAGGCCUGUGUCUGACAUUCACAGGACAUCCCACCCAUCACAAUCCUCAGUAUCCCAGGCCCUGCAUGCCUAGCAGGUUAUCCAAACCACUGCCUGGCCUGUGAGCAGAGAGCUCUGCCUAGCUCCCCUUUCCCAUGUCACUCACUGCCCAGAUAAGGCCACAGAUCCACCUAGGGAAGCAGACGCUGAGGUCAUUUGCCAUGAGCUGUGAUAAUCACACCUUUCAUGAGAAUGUUGGCACUAAAGGGCCAUGGAAAAGAACUUUUAAAAAGUUCUAUUGAGGACUCAAACUCACGAAUGCAGAAAAAGUAGCCCCAUGCACUAGCCAAGAGAGUGUACCUGCUCUCCACCAUGACGUCUCGAGAGGCUUAUGUCUCCUCGAGUUCCAGGGAAGGUGAAUCCUUGAAACAGAAGACCAAUACUUAACUGUAAGUAGAAGGACACUGAUUAUUAUAAGGGAAGGGGGAACCCUUUCUCAUAAGAAUUAAUCAUUUAUAAGGUAAAUUGAGUGUAACAAUUUUUAACCAUGUAGCUGUUGCACCCCAUCCUCAGGAAUAGUGCUUAUGAAUCAUGUUAGUUAUAACUAGUUUCAUCUACCCUACCAGGUCUCAAGGAAAUGAGAAUGUUCGACUAUCUGACUGUGGAGGUGCCAGAUAUGGAGAAUAACUUGGCCAUUUAUAGACAAACUAUCUGAUGUUUGGAGUGAGAAGCCAAAUACCUUUUAAGUGCUCCCACAGGUGGACAGGUGACACAGUAGCUAAGAGUUUAAUGUUCUACACAACUAAAGAUCCAGGGUAUUUAGUUUUGAUUUAAACUUCACCCUACGUCAUCAUAGUUAAUUACUCAAAUAGGAAGUCUAGAGUAUAAUUUUUUUCCAAAUUUACAGAAUAAAUAUCUGUUCAUUCUCUUUAUACAUUUAAUUUUUAAAAGUCCCCCUUCUAUACCAGUUUGGCACCCUUAAUAGAACAAUUAAGGCUAAAACAGACAUAAGCCUUGGCCCUGGGGCUGCAGUUCAGAUCCAUCUUGUUGCAGUAACUGGUUUGGUUUUGCUUUCUUUUUUUUAACUUAAGCUGGAAACCAUGAGUUUAAAACAAACUCCUUUUCCUUUCUUAAAUUUAAGGAAACAAAAAUAAAAUGUAACUUUAGCUUCCCAUUUAGACAGUAAAGACUUUCCUGAAAGAUCUCAAUGCCUUUCCCUAGGUGAAGAGACUGAACACCCGAGUCUACCUUUGAACAUUCCUUUGACAAGUUUUUAUGUGUUUUUAAUGUCCAUAAAUGAAUCUGACAUGAUGCUCAUGACCCAUCCUAUCAGCUUGCUUCCUUUUUUUUUUGGCAUUUAAUUUCUGAAUAUAAGCUUCUCUUGUUUUCCCUGGAGCCAUACUAGAAAUUUAAUUCCUAUGGGAAUGACUGCCUGCUGAUUUCCCUGACAAUGGGCAGCACCAUUAACAUGCUUGCCUCUCAGGGAGAAGCAUGUGAAAAGUGUCAGGAAAGCUGAAUUUUAUGUCCAAAUCUACAAGUAUCGAGAGAGGCCUGUAUGUGUCAGAUUUUGACUUUUUUUUUUAUUUCUUUUUUUUCUCUGAGUAUCAACUACAUAUUUGAUCCUGGGGGCAAAUAGUGUAGGGAUCAGAAGUAAAAGUUGAACUAAGUGAUAUGGACAAGACUUUCCACCUCUGUGUAUCUCAGUUUGUAUUUCUGGAAAAGUUGUUACCCUAACUCCCUAUCUACCACCCUAAUUCUCUUAGGGAGCAAACUGUGUAAAAAUAAGAAAUAGUAUCUCUAAGAUUUAAAUUAUUACUUAGAUGUUUUCCUCUUUGUAAACUUGGGAAUAAACCUGGUUUGUGCAUAGCAUAUGGCCACUAAAGCUAUAAUUUGUAGGUAAUGAGACACAUUCUUUUGAGUAUGUUUCAUUUAAAGACUUUUAACUUUGUUUAAUUGAGAAAAGAAACUCCUCAUAAUGAAAAAACAAAACCAACGAAAGACUUCCAUAAACUCUUUCUAGAAAAGUGUAGCAUCAGUCUAACACCUACCCCAGAGUGUUCAUUUCUUGUCGAUAGUAUUUCAACAAUGGGAGAAUUUUUCCUUGGAAAACUGAAUUGAGGUGUUGAAUUAAAUUCUCAGAGGGGACAAUUUAGGUUAAACCCUGGUUUUAGAGAAAAGAGCUCAUGCUCUGUGCUCUCUCUUCCAGCAUUGACUUUACCAUGCAACCUUGAGCAAAUGUUUUAACUGCUCUGUGCCUCAGUUUCUCCAUAUACAAAAUGGGGAUAAUGAUACCAACCACUGCCUACCUCAUAGGGAUGUUAUGGGGACAAAUGAUAUAAUAUAGAUAAACACAAAUGCUUUGCCCUCUGGAAGAAAGGUGCUAUAUAAAUUGAAGUUACGUUGUUUUUAAUGAUCCAAUUAUUAUGUUUAAAUAAUAGCAAUACUGUUAGUCAUAUUAACAAGAAGUUUCAAAUUGAUGCAUAUUUACAAUUCUCUUCUGUGGCCAGAUCUUGAUCAUUCAUCCAAUAAUAGUACCUAAGGAACUGAAAUGGGGUAUUUGUUUCCUGUGUGUUUCUGCCCAUAGUAUUUCCAUUCUGAAUAUUCCCCAAAAGCUGGAGUUUAAUUUGUAAUAUCUUAUAGUUUACAUGUAAUGAACCAUAUUCAAGAUGUGUGUAAAAGUAUAAUUAUAUGUAAAUAGCAGGUGCACUGUAAUUAAAGGCACUUAUCAAAUUGUCUUUUGUUCUUUUUUAAUUGCAAUAAAUGUCAAUUUUAUAUAAAA